AUGAAUAUGCAAGAUGCUGAAGCAGUGAAUUGCACUGGAGCACUGUACCCAGAUAUUCACGGGCUAUACCGAAAUCCUUCACAGUCGGAAACUAAACACCAAUGGUGGUGGACAGCCAAUACAAUAUUCGACAAGCUUUCAUGUACGAAAAAUCACACAGGAACUUUCGUAUUUUUAAAUAACGAUAUCUACUUGUUACAAGAUUUCAUAUACAUGAUUGUGUAUAUGAAUCAAUUGGGCGAAUUUCUGCCCCAUCAUGAUUUCCUAUCUUUAGAUGCUGUGCUAGAUUUAAAUAAAAUCGAUGCAUAUCGUGCUGAUAUUGAAAAAUGGGUGCCAACAAACAACCCUGAUGUUUUAGCCUUCAGUGCUGCCACCUGGAACAGCAUUGUUUAUCAUUACGAUCUAUUUUGUCGUAUCGAUGAUUAUUCUUGGGCUAAGUCGCUGUAUUAUAUCUCGUUGAACAGGAAGGAUAAAAAAGAACCAUUCAAAGUGAUGUCGACGGCAUUGGCCAGAGCGUUCAAGACGAGCAAUUGUGGGUUUGAAGCGAAAUUGGUGGACUGUGACGUCAUUGAGACCGUUUUUCAGGUGUCAAAUUUGCAGAAGAACAUUAAAGAUGACUUGUUCCCUUCAUACUUGGACGUAUACACCAAAUUGGAGUUGCAUGACGAAUUUGAAAGUAUCGAAUAUGCCGACCUCAAUGGAGGAUGGAACGAUCCGAGAGAUAAAGAAAUGUGUAACAAUAUGUUGAAUAGAGAAAAAAAGACUACACCAUCGGAUACAAAGAUUACCAAUUACAACAGUGAUUACAGAGAUUUUAGUAUUUAG